AACUUCCCAAGUCUGACCGUUUAUUUCCUCCCAUCUCCUUUUCGUUCCCUCACUGCGGAACAUCCGAAGGGCUUCAUCGAUCAAAAGGUAUUCGAUCCAUCAAUGGCAAUGGAAGCUGCCAUGAUCGACGAGACGUACGAGUUCUCUGCGCCUCGUUACUUCGACUUCAUUAAUGGCGAGACUGAAGAGGAGAUGCAAAGAGCAGAGCUCUGGUUCGAGACCGCUCUCAGCUACGCCCCCUCGCCUUUCAUGCCAAGGAUUAAAACAGGUAGGUCUUUUCAAAUAGAAACCCUCUGCGAUUUCAGUGAUGCGGAAAAUAUCCAGAAGGCAUCUGGAUCAUCGGACACCACGGUUGCAUCCGUUCUCGCUCAAGAAGCAGCAUUGGCGCCGGCCGAAGAGGUAAAAGCCUCGAGGCCCCAGUCUGAGCACAUCCCCGUGGAAACUGCAAAGGGAAAUCAGAUUGAAGAAGAAAGUAAAACAUGUCGCAUUGAACAACAAACUCUUGCUGCUGAGCAAACUUGUGAUGACAAGAAUGGUGUUCAUACUCGAGACAGUGGAAGUGUUUUGGCACGAAAUAACCUUACAAUUGUGGAGACUAAGAGAGAGGGUGCCAAUGAGACUACUUCCUCUGUGGUCUGUGUCAUCCAAGCGGCAGGUACAGAAGUUUGUACGCCCAAACCACAGACUGUAUCUAGGAAAGCAAAGCCACUGGCGACAACUUCGAAGAAUAAUCUGACAGCAAAGAAGAUAGCUAGUGCAAUUAGAAACCCAUCUGCUCUGAAGCCAAAAAAUCAGUCCCAGCUAUCGCAAGCUAAAAAUGGAAAACCAACCAAUGCUAGAAGUGUAACUACUGCCAAAAGCACAGUUGUGGCACCAGAUUUUGCUCAAGAAAAUCAGGCAAUUAAGAGACAGAAGCUAGAGGGGGGAAGAUCUAGACAGAUACUGAAUGUCAAAACCCUGAAUCUUCCCCACAAAUCAAAAUCAGGUUUAAUUACUGGAGAUGCUAAGUUGUGCCCCUUAACUACAAAAACUCGAAAAGAGGACAGAAAGGUCUAUGUUCGGGAAGUGGCAGCUGCUACCCCUUUUGUUUCUGCGGCAGAAAUGGUGAAGAAAUUCCAGACAAGCACUCGAGAGAUGGGAAUUCCUAAUAGCUGCCUCUCCCUUUCACAUGAUGCUGCUGCUUCUAUUAUUCAAAGAAAGCCAAAACUGACUUUGACAAGGCCCAAGGAGCCAGAACUGGAAACAACCAAUAGGAUUCGUGCUACAAGGGUGAAGAGUACUGCAGAACUUGAGGAAGAAAUGAUGGCCAAUAUCCCAAAGUUUAAGGCCAGGCCUUUAAACAAAAAGAUACUGGAAGCGCCAACACUGCCUGCAUUGCCAAGAAGCACCCCUCAACUACCAGAAUUUCAGGAAUUUCAUUUGAAGACAAUGGAAAGGGCAAACCAACACGCUGAAACAUCAACAGUUGUAUCGUCAACUGAAUCCUCUUGUCAGAAUGUAGACAAACCCCAUAAGCUUACUGAACCUAGGACUCCUCGUCUUGAAACAUCAUUACGAGCUAGGCCACCCAAGGUUAAGAGUUCUCAGGAAUUAGAGCAGGAAGAACUGGAAAAGAUGCCGAAAUUUAAAGCUAGGCCACUGAACAGAAAGAUAUUUGAGAGCAAAGGAGACUUGGGAAUUUUCCAUAGUUCAAAACCCAAUGUGACCAAGCCUCAAGAGUUCCAUUUUGCAACUGAUGAACGUAUCCCACCACCAGCUACUGUUAUUGACCUCUUUGACAAGCUUUCUUUGAGUUCGGAACCUCGCCAGGACCAUCAAGUUCUGAAACUGACUACACCAAAUCCAUUCCAUCUCCAUACAGAGGAGCGUGGAGCUGAGAAAGAGAGAAGGUUGGCAAUGGAACUUCAACAAAAGCAAUGGCAAGAGGAGAAGGCUAGGAUCCCGAAGGCUACACCAUACCCUUACACUACAGACUAUCCAGUGAUACCAUCAAAACCUGAGCCAAAGCCAUGCACAAAACCUGAACCUUUCCAGUUGGAAAGUCUCGUGAGGCAUGAAGAGGAAGUACAAAGAGAAAUGGAGGAAAGACAGAGGAAAGAGAAAGAAGAGGUUCAGAUGAGGAUCUUCAAGGCACAACCUAUCAUGAAAGAUGACCCAAUUCCAGUUCCUGAGAAGACACGGAAACCGCUCACCCAAGUGCAAGAAUUUGCACUUCAUGUUGAUCACAGGGCUGUGGAUAGAGCAGAAUUUGAUAAGAAGAUCAAAGAAAAAGAAAUGAUGUACAAGAGGUACAGGGAGGAAUAUGAAUCUGCUAAAUUGAUGGAAGAAGAAAAAGCACUCAAACAAUUGAGGAGGACAAUGAUACCUCAUGCAAGAUCAAUGCCUAGUUUUGCAAAUCCUUUUCAUCCACAGAAAGCAUGCAAAGAAACAACAAAGGCAAAAUCCCCUAAACUGCGAGUAGCCCAGAGAAAAGACAGAAGGCGACUGGUUGGUGUUGCUGCCGCAACUUCUAGUGCUGCCACGAACAUGAGAUGAUUGAGAAUGGUGGACGACCCCUUGCAAUGUUCAAGAAUUCCUGAACCAGAAGGCGACUGGUUAGUGUUGCAGCAGCAACGUGCUGCUACGAACACGAGAGGAUUGAGACUAGUGGGCGACCCUUAAUGUUCAAGAAUUGUUCAAGAAUUCUUGAACUCAAUCAUCUUCUUUUUGUGAUGUUAUUCAGACUUGCAAAAAAAAAAAAAAUGAAUGACUGUUUUCUUUGUGUAACAAUUACGAGUCUUCGUGUUUGCUUUA